UUUUUUUUGCGUUUAUGGACUUGUAUUAAAAGAACUUGUCAAGUUAUUUUCUACUUUUACAUAUAAAUUAUUCUGACGGAAAUCAUUCUACAAACGAAAUCGCAUCUCAACUGGCCUGAUUGCACACGGAAACAUAUCCGUUAUGCGAGACGUCAUCAGUGGACUUUAACUUCUUUAAAGACAGCAGUAGUGACCUUGGACCAUGGACAGACUUAAAAAACUGUAUCCGGAUAUGGAAGAACGACUGGUUUGCAUGCCAAUGCUUCCAGAGGAGCUGCGAGACAACCCGGUCGCCAAAAAGCUGGUUCACAGAGAGUCGUCUGUACUGGAAACUUUGGGGCUGAAAGGUCUUCUUUUUCAGAGAGGAGACGUUGGCAGCUAUUUUUAUUUUCCAGUCUCUAGCAGCUGGUUAAAUGUAGCAGUUGAAAUCAGAGAAGAAGGCAGCGAUAUAAUGUUGUCCCCAGAGCUGGAUGUUAAGCGAUUAAUCAAAAGCGAUUGGGAGAAAACGGGAAUGGAACAAAGUUUCAGAAGAACAAUUAGUAUUCGAUAUAUUUGUUUAUUCACCUUAGACUCGUAUUCUACAGUAAGCCGAAUAGAAAGUUUUGACUUAACUUUGCUAUGCACAACGAACCAGGCCAAUGACGAAUUGGAGUUUCAUGAACAUUGGCUAACUUUGGACUGUCACCAUCGCAUAGCUCUUGGACAUGCAAAAUUUGAAGAGUUUUUGAGAAACUCGUUCGUGGUUCUCAAUUGUUACAGGAGUUGCCACUCUGAAUUUUUGAACUUAUUUCUACAAGAAUCUAACAAAAAUUGUGGAAGAAUUGAACUUCAAAUCCAGGGUAAUUUUGUUGACAACGAAACUUUGCUAUCACGUUUCGACUCCAACUUUCCUCACAUAAGCACUAGUUUGAAGUUUUUAUCUGUAGACAAUCAUGACAAUAGUUACUCGGCGAUGCGUCGUCUUUGUCGGCAAACCUGGUCGCGUGGAGUUGUUGUUGUUGACUGGCCGCUCAUUUUUAGAGAACGAGUCAACUUCACCGUACCUCAAGCAAAUGAUACCUGUAUGCUCUAUGAUGGCCUUGGAAAGUGCAUUUCCAUUUUGGUAGCUGGUUCGUCUGCUAUAAGUGAUGCUACAUCAUUUUAUGAGGAAAUCGAGCGCUGUUCAACGUCAAUUGUUGCAUUCUGGUUAUUUCUUUUAAUUGAUCCUUUUCUAAAAAACCUUACGAGCGGUGUUUGGAGUGAAAUUGCACAAAGCAUCAAUUUCGUUGUAGUUUUUCAGAAUGAAGCCAAGCUGGCUUUCUCAGAUCUAAAGAAACAGGAAAAACUACAACUUACCAAAAAAUCACACGCCCCAGAGUUGUCAAAACUGGCAGAGAAAUAUCAACUGCUUAAAAGUGGUGAUCUGGAAAAUAUGAAGGAAAUCUCGCCUUCGAUUUGGUCGCAGGUGAAGAUUGUUUUCCAAUCAAAAAAAGGUAAGUUCGUUUUCUUCAAACCAGGCAAUAACUUUAAACUACACGAAUGCAGUACUGAAAAUGUCUUCGAACGAAACGGAAAUCUUUCACAAAAAGAAGAACUUGCAAUUUCGAAAGUUGCUGCAGCGAUUGUCUUAGGAAGCAAUGAUAAAAUUCAGAACAUAAGGAGAGCUUUGGGUUUAAACAACUUGAAUCGGUUUAAGCAGAUAGAAAAAGAAGAACAUGAUGAUAUAUUUGGAGAUAGUUCUUGUAGUGAGUCAUCUGAAGAUGAAACCGCACUUACCAAAACGAGAACUAUGAUGUCCAAAACUUUGAGAAAAAGAACCGUUCAAACCGUAGUUCAGACCAACCAAGCAUCUGUUGAUCUCAAACUACAAGUUCCUGACAGCGCAACUUUUCCAGUUCGAAAUCCUUGUUCCAAAAAGCAGCCAACUUUUCCUUUAGAGGCCAGAGAAAACUCGGGCUCUUAUGGGGCCUCGCAGAACCGUGGAGACAUUUCGGAAAGUGACUCUGAAAACUUCGAGUUGUCUUAUUAUUUGUUAGAAAAAUCUAUGUUCAGAAAGUGGCAAAUUCAGUAUAGUAACGGAACCCAGAAAGAACAAAUGCAGUUUUUAUUAUCGAUCAAAAACUACUACGAAAACGAAGCUAGCCCCAACCCGACAAUAAAAGAAGAAAUCCUCGCGCUAUCCCGAGCAGUAACUUUUCAGAGUUUUUCAAACAUGCCAACUGAUCAGUUCCACGAUUUCUUAUUCCAAAUUAUUUCCCUUGGAGAAGGUUCACAGCUGAUAGAGUGGUUACUAGAACUAGACAUCGUUGGUCUAAGCAAGAGUCCUGAGUUGCGACCGAAAUUGAGCCAUCUUCUUCUGAAAGCAUGUCAAAAAAACAUGCUGAAAACAGUCGAAGUUGUUAUUCUAAUCUUAGAAAAAUUUGAAACUUUACAAAGCGAAUUGGAGGCAAUUGAAGAGACUGGAAAUACAAUUUUUACCCUUUUGUGUCAGAAUGCAGAUGUCAAUCUCGAAAUACUCAAAACGAUUCUUCAAAAUUCGUUCCCCGUCGGCCUUGUUUUGCAUCAAUUUGAAGGCAAAAAUGCUUUGGAGUGGGCAGAGUUUCACGGAAAACCAGAAAUGAAAACCUUACUAAUGUCUAAUGAGACCUUUCGAACAGCGUUUGAAUUAUCGUCUGACGACAGGCAAAACCUAGGUCGGAAAAUCGAUGCAUCAAAGAGUUUGACGAAUAUCGUGAACAAAUUGGAAGAAAUGAGAAGCAACAUGAAUGAAAUUGCGCAGACGUACUCUGAAAAGAGCAUUCACAACUUUGAUUCCCUACAAAAGCUAUUGCAAACAACUCAUGACUUGGCACUUCAAAUUAACUCUGCACAGAAACCUGAAAAAUUAGACUUUUAUUCUAUGGAAAAAGUUUGCGAAAGCUUGACCAACUGUGCAAACUUUCUAAGAUCAAUGAUUGGGUUUGUGUCAUUCAAAAUGAAGAAUCUGAGCCACGGCGAAGAAAAAGCUAACAACUGGACUGAAUUAGAAGGAAACUAUUUUACUUCUUUGCAGACAAACGUGACCGAAAACUUGGGAGCAAUCGAGAGAAUUAUCCACAGAGAAACACCUGAGCCAAAAUGCUCCCUACCAAAUAUCUACUCCAGUCAAAUCUAACCAUGAUAGUUGAUGAAAUAAUUUUUCUUGUAUUUUCUGUUUUAGUACCGUUUCAGAGUCAUAUUUAACUGGAAACAGUUAUUGAAACUUGAACUUGAACCUUAAAUCCCUAUUUUAGAUAAUUAAACCAGAUCGUCAAAGCUUCACCGACGAUUUUAUUUUUAAAUCUUUCUUGGCUUUUUGUGCUAAAUUUAUUAACCUUAAUUCUUUCUUAAACUUGGAUCAUCAAGUC